AAAUUUGGUGUUUUAACCGUCAGGCGCGAUUACGAUAUCCAAAAUAAACUGGGACGAUUGGUGGUGGAUGUCCGGUACGAGAUUUCAGUCCAGCAUUUUAAUUAGUUUAAAACUACUUUAUUUGUGAAAAAAAGAAAAGGAAAAAUUCAGAAUUAAGAUGGACUUGGAUUCACUUAAGUAUGCAGAUUUGCAGCGGCUGGCGAAGGAUAUUGGUCUAAAAGCGAAUAUGAAGGCAGAGAAAUUGUUGAAAGCCCUGAAGCAGCACUACAAGCAACAAAGUCCGACGGAAAAUGCAGAGGGUGGGAUAAGUGGAGAGGAGGAGGACACCGAUGCCAGCCAGCAUUUACCAAGCUAUGACAGCGCGGCCUUUGUCACUGAUCGUCGUGCCAGGGGCCAAAAAGGAAAGAGGAAGCAGCUGGAGGCAGAGGAGUCAGUGGCUGAAAUCAGUGGCAGCAUGCUGCAGUCCCCGACACAGACUGUUGAGGAAUCUGGCAAAGCCACUGAAGGGCAGGGGAGUGCUAAGAGGAGGAAGGUGUCUGCUGAGGAGGAUUGUGGGACGGGGCUGAUGGAAGAGUGCUCAGAAGAGACCGUACUGCAGUCUUGUACCAUGGACGGGGGAGCAGAGGGGCCUGUUGGAGGAGAAGAUCCGAAGACAGCGAAACCUGUUGGGAAAAUUCCUCGUCACGAAGGGCUUCUAAAAAAGAUGAACAGACCUGUGCUGAAGCCAACCACACCAAACUUCAAGAAGCUCCACGAGGCUCACUUCAACAAAAUGGAGUCCAUCGACUCGUAUCUUCAGAGGAAGAACAAGCAGAUGGAGACCAUCAGGAACCCUGUGAAAGAAUUAAAGAUGCUGUCAGAGAAGGCCAACAUCAUUAAACCAGUGGAGAAGAAAGCAGCUCCGAAGCCCAAAGCGAGCCGUGCUUCCCUGUUCAGCCCGGUGACCCAGGGCAGGAGGUCCGUCGCAGACAAGCGCAGGCUGACCCAGCUGUCCGCCAGCAAGCCCGCCCUGAAGAACAGCAGCUCCUUCAAACCCACCGUUGUGUCCACACGAAGGAUGAACGUCAGUUUUUCACAGACCACUCGGGACAACGAACACAAGCGCUCUCUGGUGAAGACUCCGGCGCGCAUGUCUCCGCAUGUUGACCUCGUUUCCACCCCGACCGGGCAGGCGAAGCCAGAGGUCAAGAAGCCGGCCGUCUCCACUACCAAGACUCCUGUCGCCUCCAGUACCCAGACGCCUGGUGUAACCCCGUUUGUUUUCAAUGGAAACACCAGCAUCUCCAACACUCCAGGAACACAGAAGAAAAACACCUUUGACCUGAAGGCCAGCCUCUCCCGGCCCCUUUCCUACCAGCCACACAAAGGAAAGCUGAAACCAUUUGCUGACGUUAAGGAAAACGCAGCUCUUAACACCACCCAGCCACACCAGAAGAAUUACAAGACACACCAGGUUCAGACAAGGGUUGAGCGGCGUGCACGCCACACAGAGGACAGGAAGCAGAAGAAGGAGAAGAUUCUGGGGGCCAGGAGAGGCCUAGCAAUGUCCUGAGUUUUGUAUUUUGAAAAAACUUCUGUAAAUACUCAUUUUAGCCUUGCUUUUUUUUUACGGUCUGUGUAUAAGUGUGUUUUUCAAGCGAUUGUCAAGAUCUGUACAGCCUAUCUCCACUGUGGGGGGAGGAAGGGAGAGAGGGGGGCCUGCUCUGCAAACCUAUGCUUCCUAGUCCUGGUAAAAAAAAUAUAACUUGUUUAAUUUUUGGUAGAUUAGCAUCAAAGGAUACAUCUAAUUCUGUAUUAAAAGUUGUGUAAGUGAUUACUGGACAAGUAGUUGUAGAGGUUUUUUUUUUUUACAUUCGCAGAUUAAAAGCACCAAUUAUCUGACAUU